AGCGGGAGUUGGCGCCGACGCCGCCGCCGCCGCGCUCCGCAGAGUCUACCCUACGGCUGGUGCUACCGGGACGAUGCGGCCGGAGCCGGGAGGCUGCUGUUGUCGCCGCCCCGUGCGGGCGAACGGCUGCGUGGCGAACGGGGAGUUGCGGAACGGGUACGUGAGGAGCGGAGCCGUCGCCGCCGCCGCCGCUGCCAGUCAGAUCCAUCAUGUUACAGAAAAUGGAGGACUGUAUAAAAGACCAUUUAAUGAAGCUUUUGAAGAAACACCCAUGCUGGUUGCUGUGCUCACAUAUGUGGGGUAUGGUGUACUCACCCUCUUUGGAUAUCUUCGAGAUUUCUUGAGGCAUUGGAGAAUUGAAAAGUGCCACCAUGCAACAGAGAGAGAAGAACAAAAGGACUUUGUAUCCUUGUAUCAGGAUUUUGAAAACUUCUAUACAAGGAACCUCUACAUGAGAAUAAGAGACAACUGGAACCGACCAAUCUGUAGUGUGCCUGGAGCCAGGGUGGAUAUCAUGGAGAGACAGUCUCAUGACUACAACUGGUCAUUCAAGUACACAGGGAAUAUAAUUAAGGGUGUGAUCAACAUGGGUUCCUACAACUAUCUUGGAUUUGCCCGAAACACUGGAUCAUGUCAGGAAGCAGCUGCCAAAAUUCUAGAGGAGUAUGGGGCUGGAGUGUGCAGCACUCGGCAGGAGAUUGGAAACCUGGACAAGCAUGAAGAACUAGAGACACUUGUAGCAAGGUUCUUGGGAGUAGAAGCUGCUAUGGCCUAUGGAAUGGGAUUUGCAACAAAUUCAAUGAACAUUCCUGCUCUUGUUGGCAAAGGUUGCCUGAUUUUGAGUGAUGAACUGAACCAUGCAUCACUGGUUCUAGGAGCCAGGCUGUCAGGAGCAACCAUUCGAAUCUUCAAACAUAACAAUAUGCAAAGCCUAGAGAAGCUUUUGAAAGAUGCCAUUGUUUAUGGUCAGCCUCGGACAAGAAGGCCCUGGAAGAAAAUCCUAAUCCUUGUGGAAGGCAUAUAUAGUAUGGAGGGGUCUAUUGUUCGCCUUCCUGAAGUGAUUGCCCUGAAGAAGAAGUACAAGGCGUACUUGUACCUGGAUGAGGCACACAGCAUUGGGGCUCUCGGCCCCUCUGGGCGAGGCGUGGUAGACUACUUUGGCCUGGAUCCUGAGGAUGUAGACGUUAUGAUGGGAACGUUCACAAAGAGCUUCGGUGCUUCUGGAGGAUACAUUGGAGGCAAGAAGGAGCUGAUAGACUACCUGCGCACACAUUCUCACAGUGCCGUGUAUGCCACGUCCCUGUCGCCACCUGUGGUGGAGCAGAUCAUCACCUCCAUGAAGUGCAUCAUGGGGCAGGAUGGCACCAGCCUUGGCAAAGAGUGUGUGCAGCAGUUGGCUGAGAACACCAGAUAUUUCAGGAGACGCCUGAAGGAGAUGGGGUUCAUCAUCUAUGGAAAUGAAGAUUCUCCAGUGGUGCCUUUGAUGCUGUAUAUGCCAGCCAAAAUAGGCGCCUUUGGACGAGAGAUGCUGAAGCGAAACGUUGGUGUAGUCGUGGUGGGAUUUCCUGCUACCCCAAUUAUUGAGUCCAGAGCCAGGUUUUGCCUGUCAGCUGCUCAUACCAAAGAAAUACUUGAUACGGCUUUAAAGGAGAUAGAUGAAGUCGGGGACCUGCUGCAGCUGAAAUACUCCCGUCAUCGGUUGGUGCCUUUACUGGACAGGCCCUUUGAUGAAACUACGUAUGAGGAGACGGAAGACUGAGCCUUUCUGGUGCUCCCUAGAGCAGGGGACUCUCCCACCCACAACAGUGUGUGGCCUUUCUGAGCCAGUUCCAGGAACCACACUUCGGUGACCACCUCAUGUGAAAGACAUUUCCUCAGUUACUGAAGGAGGCCACAUACACUCCAAAUGGCAUUUUGUAAAUAGUGAAAAAAACUGCUUCAUAUUCUUCCCUUUGCUAAGUCUCCCCUUUACAAAAAAAAAAACAAACAAAAAAAGAGGCGGUUACUUUUUCCAUUAAACAAUGUUUUAUUUUA